AUGUUGACUAUUGUUGACAAUCUUCACAAGGCCACUGGCAUUCCAAGAGCUUCAUUCCCUAUAUUGGGAGGCUUAUCAGUUGGGUUGAUAGCAUUGUUAUAUCCUGAAAUCCUCUACUGGGGUUUUGAGAAUGUUGACAUUCUAUUAGAAUCUCGGCCAUUUGUUAUAGGCCUUUCCACUGACCUAUUGCUUCAGCUAAUAGCCGUCAAGAUAGUUGCAACUUCUCUGUGCAGGGCUUCUGGAUUAGUGGGGGGGUAUUAUGCCCCAUCUCUCUUCAUUGGUGGUGCAACUGGGAUGGCCUAUGGAAAAUUAAUUAGUUUGGCUGUUGCUGAGUCUAAUCCCAUGAUUAACCUCUCUGUGUUGGAUGUGGCAUCCCCACAAGCUUAUGGCCUGGUUGGAAUGGCUGCAACUCUUGCAGGAGUUUGUCAAGUACCACUUACUGCAGUUUUGCUUCUGUUUGAAUUAACACAGGAUUAUCGGAUUGUUCUACCACUACUUGGAGCUGUAGGGUUGUCUACGUGGAUUUCAUCUGUACAGACAAAAAGAGACGACAGAGGGGCAAAAAGGGUCGAGUUAGAACACUCAAAUUCUACUUCACUUCCAGAAAUAUCUUCUCGUAGUUCAAUCGAGUCAUCUGCUGGCAAUACCUUUGCUGAAGGUGCGCAAUAUUUGAGUAAUUUGUGUGAAGUGGAAAGUUCACUUUGUGUAGAGGAUGAUAAUAUUGAAACAACAUAUAUUGUAAGGAGAACAUUUGUUUCGGAAGCCAUGAAGACGAGAUACGUGACAGUUUCAAUGUGUACACUGCUUACAGAAGUAAUAGAUCUCAUGCUUGCAGAGAAACAGUCUUGUGCAGUAAUUGUUGAUACUGAUGAUACAUUAAUCGGUUUCUUGACACUUAGAGACAUUCAAGAGUACGGUAAAUUUGCAAAAGCAAGAAGCCAAGAAAAUAAGGAGCUUUUAGUUUCUGAAUUAUGCCUUUUGAAUGGAGAAAUAUGCAGCGUGCCAUGGACAGCUACACCUGAUAUGGAACUUUUUUAUGCUCAAAUGAUUAUGAAGGAGCGCGGAUUCAAUCAAGUUCCAGUCGUGAGGAAUAUCUGUGAAAGAACAUAUCCGGUUGGCAUUAUAGACCCUGAGAGCAUCAGAGAAGAGGAUGGGCUAAGGGAAGGAGAGGCGGGUGGUGUUGUAGGGAAGUGUGGGUUGGCGGUGUCUAGGCUCAUGGGAUAA